GUACUAUCUUCACUUUACUACGUCGUAACGCCGAAAAGCGACCCAACCGUUGCAUUGGUUUUUUUCGCCCUCUACGCUAUCAAUGUUAUUUAUGUCGGCUUUGCUAUUUCGGUUUUCCUGGAUUCUGCAUCAGGAAUCCAUUGGUCCCAGCUAUUCGUGCAUCCAUCACCGGAUGAGCCACUUACACUUGGUCAUUUUUUUGUAAUGCUCAUUGUCGAUGCUGCUAUUUUUGGCAUUAUAACCUGGUACAUUGAAGCACUGAACCCGGGCUUUGAUGGGGUGCCACAGAAGCCAUACUUUUUCCUUCAGGUACUUUAA